AUGUACAGGCAGUCAUCAAGGCUAAGUUUCUUCAAUGUGAAGAACUUCGCCAUUGUCACGGAUGCCUCAACUCAUAGCAACAAGGACUACCUGAUGAGCCUGGCCUAUGACCCUGUAAAUGGAGUAGGGGCUCACAUGUGCUCAGUUCACGUCAGGUCAACAAAAGUGUUACACCCACAGGAGAUGGAGCUGACACCAGAAGCAGAGCGCUUGGCAGCGAGACGGGAAAUUGAACGGCUUAGCAGCUUGAAGUUCUUGCAAGGCCUUUCGGCCCAGAUAUGCAAGUUGACUGACCUUCGCUUGGAUGAUUUUAAAUUUCCUGAAGUCUUGCUCAAAAUGUUGGAGCUGCAACCAGGCGAUAACUUCUUCUUUGACGACAAUGUCGCAGUGCUGAAUGGAGAGGAGUUUCAAUUAAGUCAAUUACGUCAAUUGUCUGAUUUGCCUUGUUUGCAUUGCAUCAUGGACCAAGGCAAAGUUGGCUGCGCAGCUGCUGCCUUUGUCACUUCCCAAGCUGGCCUCCAAAUCCACUUCACCUUCGACAAGAUUCACCGCCUGUUGAGAGACCUGAAAAACCCAAUCAAAGCAGCUGGCUUGGACUGCCAAUGGUUUCAGGCAUUGAAAGAGAGAAUUGCCAAUGAUUUUGGUAUGGAAGGGUGCUCCGACAGGGAGAUCUGGGACUCCAUUCCCGAGCAAUUGGAAUCGUGGAGGCUCAAGGGCGGACUUGCCAAGGCAAGCAGAUGGUUUUCCUGGAACGAACGAGCUGCUGUCCACUUGAAAGAAUGGCACAGCUCCCUCAUGCUCCUCUCGUGGUACUUCCCAACAGAUCUUGACACUGAUGGUCAGUCUGGUUUGGUAGGCCUCAAAGGCUGUUUGACACAGAUGUAUUGGGAAGAUGCCCACAUCAUCUUCAGAGUUCAAUAUGGAAUGUGGUCGUGGUACUCGCAGCAGAUCCAUGAUGUCAAAAGCCCAGAGCAUGCAAUCAUUGAAUCUUUGGAAAUGGUCGAGUCAUGGAUGAGUCAUCAGUCUCUCCAGACCCUUGCUGAAUCGUGGAGCGCUCAAACUUGGGCCGAUGUUGAGCGGUUUGUGCCUGACCAGGAGGCCUUCAUUGCCAGAGUGAAUACCUAUGCUCUUGGAUGCUUGAUGAAUCGUUGCGCAACGCUUUCCAAGUUCUCAGCUCCACCUGAGACAUGGGUUGGGCUUCUAGAUCCCCAGCAAGCACAGGUGACAAGAAUGCGGCUCUUGAAGGAGUAUCGUUGGUUUCAAUCCUUGCGGUGCAGCAUGGCUCCUUUUGCAGCAGAGCUUGCCAGUGACAUUGAGACGGUCUUCGAUUUGCCUUGUCGUCAUUUGUGUCAUUUGUGUCAUUUGUGUCAUUUUGACUUUGGAGCAGCGCAAGAGCUGGCCAAGCUGCUGAUUGGUGGCUUUGCGGAUUCAAAAGUGGUUGAGGACAUUCACCAAGCAUGCAGGGUGGCCACGAACCCAGGCAGCAACAAGAAGCUCUCUGGAGCUACGUUGCAGCUUGUUUGCCAAUUCUCUGAGGUUUUGGACAAGAGAGGGAUCGUCCAUCCAGCUGCCCUAACCCGUGAAGAAUUCUUGGACAAGUGGCCUGAUGCCAGAGAUGAUUUCAACUGCCGCCAGGAAUUCAAAUCAUCCAGCCAUAGUCUACCAGCUCGCUACUCAGAGAUUCUGACGAAGAAGAUGUGGCGCACUGUCAGUGAGGAUUGGCUUCGAACCUCAUACGGGGCAUGGCAAUGGAUGAUUCAAUACUGCGGGCAAAGGCUUGCUGACCAAGGUGUUCGCCUGGAGGAUGGUCUUCUGAACCGCCUUGCUUUUCAAGGGCAAGUGAUUGAAGUCAAUUUUGUCUAUCUACUCAUUUUGGGCAAUUUGAAGUGGCAAGCCCUUGCUUGGCCGUUGAAGCUUGUGGACGCUGCUGAUGAUGAUUAUCGCAUGAUGCGAUGGGUUUUGGAUUCGUCGUCAAGUUGUCAAUGGCUGCAAUGCUCUCUGAACAUGCCAGCUUUUCAAACAAAGCUAGUCUGGAGCAAUGAGUUUGGCAUCCACUGGCAACAGGUUGGGCCUCCUGAAACAUUUGCGCAGAAUUGCUUGCGGCGCUCCAAUGGCCUGACAUUCACAGAUCUUUGCUUGAUGGGGAGGCAUCUUUUUGGCUCCGAAAUCAAAGAGAAGUCUAGGAAGGACAUCCUUUUGAAGCUGGCGUUGCAUUUCGGAGAUGAUUUUGCAGAGCUGGUCUUGGAGUGCGACUCUAAGACGACAAAGAAGUCAUCAUCUGAUCCAGAUCAAGCAGCUUUGGUAAAAGCUGUGUUUGACCACUUGGACGCGGAUGAGCAGAAGGAGUUUCGCUCUGUCAAGGAGAAUGUCUACAGGGAGGAGAAAACUCAGAAGCAAUUGAAGUGGCGCAAAUUGCCCAACGAAAAAAUGGAGGAGCAAGCAGAAGCAAGCGAUGCUGUGAAGAUGGAAGACGAAGAGGAUUUGGAGGAAGAAGAAGCUCAAGUCAAUUUUGUCAAUUCAGGCAAUUGCGUCAAUUCAGAUGUGGAGCUCGGCCAGCGCCUGUGCCUGGCAGAGAUGCCGGGCCUCGAGUGCACUCAACACCUGCCCUCCUCAGAAGCAUUGAGAGAAGUCCCAGAUGAAGUUUUUGAAGGCCUCAAGGAUGAGAUGAGUGUUUUUUGGCCCAUGAGCACAUUUGUUGGUUUGGCCAUUUUGGUCAUUUGUGUCAAUUUGUUCAUCAUGGACCAGCAAGCUGGCCUCGCGUUUCUUCCGGUGAUGGUGCUGUCCACUGUGACAGCCAGUGCCAGCCUUCAAGGCCCAAGUGCAGCUUCAGAAGAUGACGAUCAAGAGAAAUGGCUGGAUGACAAGCUCCAACAGAUUUCUUCGUUAGAUUUCUAUGAUUUCUUGGCCUUCAGCAAAUUCAAUAGGCGUGUCGACUGGCCAGAAGGACUGCAUCAUGUCAAGUCCACAUGUCAAGACUUUCUUGAUUUUGACCAAGAGAAUGGCGGCAGGGCCUCGAAAGUGUGGCCUUCAUUUUUGUGUGAAGCAUAUCCUUUUUUGCGCGGCGCAACAUCGUGCUUGGAGAUGAUGGUGCUGGUUGCUGAAAGGUUUCUUUUCAAUUUGGUCAAUUUCAAUGAAUUGGAUCAAUUGGAAUUUGUUGAGUUUUGUGCUGGCCGAGCCCAUCUCAGUCGAGAGAUGCUGCGUCAAGGAUUUCACCAAGGAGCUUCUGUGGACAUUCUUUUUCAUCCCCACCAUGACAUGUUGAGUUCCAAGGGGCUGAGGACUUGGUUUGACAUGGUAGUGGCUUCUCGGCGAAAGUCGUUACACUGGUUUGCUACCAGAUGCUCGAGCUUCGUCCCGCUCUGUAUCUCUCAAAGCAUGAGAUACGAGGAGAAUUCAUUCUACGGGGAUAGAAGCAGGCCAUGGGUGGAGCAGGGCAACCUUCAACAGGAAGUAACUGCAAUGAUGAUGUUCUUCAGUUUCCUCUUGGAUUGCAUUCCGGUGUUGGAGCAACCCACAGGGAGUGUGCUUCCAAAACUACCAUCCCUUCGUAAUGUUUUGUGGUUCUUCGACUUCAAGAAGACAGUGACCUACAUGGGAAGCUUUGCUGGCCCAACAAGCAAGCCUCUCCAGAUCUGGCAUCCGUCUUCAGGGCCCGGCUCCCUAUUUGCAGCCAUCGCCAGGCCAAGGCCAGAUGGCUUGGACAAUUUGGCUUCCAGUGGCCAGAGCUGGGAUGGAAGCCACACUUACACUGGCAAUAAGGAGAUGCUCAUCGAAAGCGAGCACUACACGCCAGAGUUUGGCGCUUGUCGCCCAAAUCUACGAGCAGAUUCGAGCUUCGUGAAAACUUCACAACGCUCAAUUUGCUCAGUGUUGUCCAUUCAAACUGUCAGUCAGUGUCUUGAAUGCGACAAGAGUACUAUAGCCCAAGGGUUCUUUCGUGCUGACUCACCUGAGUGGUGCGUCCCUCUGUCAACUUUGACCGUCUCUGUGGGGUCAAGAGGCAACAUGGCAUUUGCUCCAGCAAAAAAAUGCGCAAUCAGUGACAGAGCACUGCAAGUUCAGCGUUGCCAUCUCAUGUGCUUCAGUCAAUUUAAUUGA